AUGUACUCCAAAGCUUACAUCUUGCUGGAAAGAGACUUCAAGGAGUUAAAGCUACCACAGAAUAUAAAAAAGGGUAUUACUGCUUUUCCUGUAAGUGACGAUAUGAUGAAUUGGAAGGCUGAGAUUGAAGGUCUUUGGAAUUCAGUUUGUGAAGGACUUGUUUUCCACCUGACAUUAGAUUUUUCAGAAGAGUACAACUUUGUUCCUCCAGUUGUGAAAUUUGUAACAAUUCCUUUUCAUCCAAAUGUAGACCCAUAUACUGGUAAACUCAGUAUAGACAUUUUGGACAAGCCUGACAAGUGGAACACGAGUUACACAGUACGCAGCAUCUUGCUUGAUAUACAGAUGUUGCUUUCUUACCCUAGCCUAAAAAAUCCAGUGAACUUGGAAGCAGCCCAACUGUUGCUUAAAGAUGAGUCUCUGUACAGAACAGUAAUUAAGGAACUUUUACCACCAGCAUCACCAAAAAGAGAGGGCAGCCUGGUGUUCGCUGAAAGGCCACAGGAGCACAUCAGAGUAAUUAAAACAAUAUCAUUUAAUGACUACUACAAGACAUGGUCUGAGAUAGCCACGACAAAAAUCGCAAAACACUCCAAAAAUCCAUUUGUUGGAGAUCCACAUUUCAUGGGACAGUAUUACAAAUGGAAGCAGCAGGAUCGGCAGAAUAUAUUGCAGUGGGAGUCAAAGUUUGUACUCUCAAAGUGGCAGACUGCUAGAAAAAAAGUACUGGCUCAGCACGGCAGGAAUCUCUACGAAGACGAGCUAGGUGUCUACCCAUCUCCGAGUAAGUUGGAUUCAGCUUGGUUUUUUUCUUUUAUAUCUAAGUCUGAACUUUCUUUUGAACAUGAAACAGAAGGUGAACCAAAGUAUUAUGAACUACCUCAGGAGUGGCCAGAGGAAAGCUUGCCAGAAGAACAUGAUGACUCAAGGGAAUCCUGGGAAGAGGAAGCAGACAACCUGGUUGCCUGGACUGACGGUCUUGAUGAAGAAUCUUUGAACUAUGAAAAUGUUGAGCAGUAUGAGAACUUUGGCAACUAA